ACAUUAAGGGACCGGCAGGGAUAAAGACCUCUGCUGGAGGAGUGACUUGUGCUCUGCUUUAUCCUUGAGCAGCCACCUCUACUCUGUCUCUCUCGCUCCCUCUCCGUCUCUUUUUCCCCCUCUUUUAAAACAAGCGAAAAAGCAACAUGCCCCCCAAGAAGCCUGAACCAAAGAAGCCUGAACCAAAGAAAGAGGAACCGAAGGCAGCACCUAAGCCAGCGCCACCACCAGAGCCGGAGCCGCCCAAGGAAGUCCCGUUUGACCCAGCUAACAUCAAACUUGAAUUCACACACGAUCAGAUUGAAGAAUUUAAGGAAGCCUUCUCGCUCUUCGACAGAACUCCUAAAUCUGAGAUGAAGAUCACAUAUGCACAGUGCGGAGAUGUUCUGAGGGCUUUGGGGCAGAAUCCAACCCAAGCUGAGGUCCUCAAAGUCCUUGGCAGACCCAAACCAGAAGAAAUGAACAGCAAAAUGAUUGACUUCGAGACCUUCCUGCCCAUGCUUCAGCACAUCUCCAAGACCAAAGACACUGGCACCUAUGAGGACUUUGUGGAAGGCCUGCGGGUGUUCGACAAGGAGGGGAACGGAACAGUCAUGGGUGCUGAGCUCCGCCAUGUUUUGGCCACUCUGGGUGAGAGGUUGAGUGAAGAGGAGGUCGAUAAGCUAAUGGCUGGCCAGGAAGAUGCCAAUGGUUGUAUCAACUAUGAAGCUUUUGUGAAGCACAUCAUGACCAACUGAAUACUCGGACAAGACAGAUUCCGACAAACCCCUGAUGCUGAUUGGAUUUCGACGUAACAGGAAUGUCUCUUCAUUUUCCAGCCCAGAUGCCUGUUACAAAGCAACAAAAUGUCCCAGCCCUGAGGUUAUUUGGAUAAUUUUUUUUUUCCCAUGGGAGGAUGGGUGGCCUUUACAGAAAUGUGGUGAUCAGAAGAAACUGGGGUCUGAAUUAUGAGUACCUUGGCAGUCUCAUUGCUCUCUGAUACAAGAGAGAAAACAGUGGCUUGAUACAUAUAGGCUUGGGGAAAGGAUAUUUCACUUAUUUCAUACCAAAAAGAACUGGAAGAUCUGAAAUUUAGCAGAGUUUUUUUUCCCCUCUAACACAACUGGAUCCAUCUCUUUGCAUUUGUUGCAUCCAGAGGAAUUUGAGGCUUCAAAGUUAGCUCACAAGUGGGGUGGAAUAGGUGGAAUUAACACUGAUUAGUGUAAAGAUCUCUCUGGUGUGCAGGAAAUAUUCUUGGGGGGUAUAUUGGUCCUUAGGAAAUGUGGGGGAGGGAUGCAUAAUACCCACCAAUGCACCAUCAAAUGCAACCUAAUGCAUCACCUUCUGGGAUGUAGAAGGCACAAGUUUAUUUUCAAUGUGAAUAAAGCACCUUUUUUGGCAUGAAGUGUGGGCAUUUUAACUUGAUUUUGUGUCAGUUAAAAGGUGUCACAAAAUCCACCUUGUCCAUAAAGGGCUCUUCCAGUUCAACCGCCUGAAUGAUGGAGUAAGUGAAACAUCUAACCCAGUUCAGAUUGGAGAAUGUUCUGAUACAGGUGCCUCUUGUUACUGUAGCUUUUCUCAUUAAAGCAUCUUUUCUCAUG